AUGGACCUCAAAGAUAUGUCCGUUCCUCUCAGUUUCAUCCAGGGGGUAAUGGAGAGGAUGGAGAUGAUUCUUGCGGCCCAAGCACAGAAAGGUCAACCCCUCACAUGGACAGAAUCAAGAGAGGGUCUUCUUAUGCGUCAUAUAUUUUCUCGACUGAAUGCAAUAUCGAAGCCAAAUGUCGGGUUUCGCACAGCAUUUGUCCCCCAAGCUUACCCGCCAUGCACACUUCCCUUCAGCGCUCUCACCAAAAUCAUGCUAAAGGACCUACGGCUUGAGACUCACCACAAAGGCAAGUAUCUAAUUCUGAGAUGCAUUGUUCCGUCUUAUCGAUUGAUAAAUGUUAUGUCCAUCGUAGAAGACGAGUGUGGCGAUGUGAUCAUGCUUACCCUACGCCACCAAGACGAAUCUCGUUCUUGGGAUGAAAUUCUGGGAUGCGGGAUGAUACUAGCUGUGAAAGAGCCCUAUCUCAGGCGUAUGUCAGAUGGGACAAACGGAAUUAUCGUGGAUCAUGUCUCCAACUACAAGCACAUUUCAAUGAAAGACAAUCUCACGCCGGAUCGGUGGCAGGAGAGGCCCCCAGAGUGCUAUGAAAAAGCAACAACCUGUAAUAUCACCGGAAAAGAGCUUGCCAAAGAAAAUAUGCAUUUUUCUGCUAUAAGCAGCAGCUACACUGAAGGUCUCAGCCGUUGUCCCACGGAGGAAGAACUAUGCACUCUUAAACUCAACAGAUCCGAGGCAUAUUUCAUGACAGAUCAUCUUGAAUCUGCACUACUCGACAUCGAGUCUGUAGAAAAAAUGUCAAAGCCGGAGGAUAACCUGUUAUUGGACAAGGCUCGAGUGCUUUAUGAAAUGCAAAAAUUCCGUGAAUACUGCGACACUUUGAAGCCGUUGGCAGUCAAAGACCCGAAAAACGAAGAGUUGAGGAAGAAGUUGCAACGAGGUAUUGAUCGACUUAUUGAGCAAGAAAGAGGUAGAUACAAAUUUAGCAAGCUGUACGAUGAGGUUACAAUGCUUCGCCCACCAGUAUUGGAUCAUGCUACUUACAUUGGCCCAGUGGCGGUCAAAUCUGCGGAUCAUCGGGGACGGGGUCUAUUUACCACCAAGGAGGUGAAAGCUGGAGAUCUUCUUCUAUGCGAAAAAGCGCUUGGGCUUGCAUUUGUCGAUACAUCAGCCCCCAAUUAUCGAGGAACACUCUUGGUCAACGCUCAGCAGGGCACUGCCACUAUAGGGGGACAGGUCGACCUUCUGACGAUCAUGAUACAGAAGCUUCAGAAGAACCCAUCUUUGAUCCCAGUUAUCUCUGAACUUCACCAUGGUUCGUACGAACCUGUUGGUGUUUCCUUCGUCGAUGAUGCUCCAGUGGUUGAUACUUUCUUGAUCGAAAAAGUUUUAUCGUUGAAUAUCUUCGCAUGCCCAUUGACUACUCGUGACUGUUGGUUCGGUUCCAUAACAAAGAAUGACGUCCGUAUUAACAAGUCUAACGCAAAGUUGGGCUCUUGCGGGCUCUGGAAAGUGGCGUCCUACAUCAACCAUUCUUGCAAUAUCAACGCCCAGCGCUCAUUCAUCGGAGAUAUGAUAAUCGUUCGUGCCAGCCGCGAUCUCGCACCUGACACCGAAGUUUUUACGGGAUAUGACAUGCCUAGCGCUGAUGGUUACGAUGAACUUCAGAAGAAAUUUCAGCAUUACGGCUUCGAGUGUGAUUGCGCCAUAUGUCAAGAUUACCGGGAUACGGACAAGGAAACUCACAUCAAAAGAAACCGUCUAAUUGCUGCGGCCUCCGAGGAAAUCGAACGUCUUACCAGAUCAAAAACAGCCAAGGCUGAAGCUAUUGUGGAAAGGUUGGCCGCUUGUUAUACCAAACCAGCGCUCGAAGUUCCUCGUCUAGGGUUAUGGGAUAUACAAUUUCAGCUUGCAGAAAAGUACUCUAUCUACUUCAAACCCGAGAAAAUUGUGGAAUUCGGCCUGAAAAGUUUGGAGUCGUUGGGAUACGUGAUACAAGGAGGCGAAAUUCCAUGCGAAUCAGUUACCCUCAAAGUCAUACAAUGGGGAUUGAUGAUGCCUCUUGUACUGAGGUGUUGGGCUCUUCUUUCGCUUUCCUAUCAUUUGGUUGCACCAGAACUUGAAGGUCAAGCAAAGGCCUAUGCCAAAAUUACAUACAGAGUCUGCAUUGGUGAAGACGAGACUUUUGACAAGGCAUACCGCGAGCUUCUCCUGUGA